AUGCGAGUCAACAAUGACGCUGAUAUCAGAGGCCUCGUGAGUGAUGAGUUGCCACAGAGAAGUAUGGAAUGCAAGAGACGCAAGGCUGCGGGCUUUGCUGCAGAAUAUUAUGACGAAAGGCAGAUUUCGUGUUGUCCAUGGCUUGCUCAGCAAUGGUAUUCCGUGCUGGCUGAUGACAAUGAGACGCUGCCGGGGGCACCGUGGAAGCCGGCUAGCUUGCUGGGCACUCGUGGAUAG